CACAGUUGGAGUGGGAAUGCCUCCUGAGCAUCUGAUCAUCCCACAACAUUGUGAAACACGAACACUCUCAAACACUCUGAAAUUUGGCGUGCCCUAAUCGACAACCUUAACAUCAGACACAGAAUGGAACAUGAAGAACAAAAGUCGAACCCAUCUGCAAUGGUGAAUGCCCUGUUGUGUAAGAGAGCUAGGCUUCAUGAGGAGCUUCGAGUUAUCGAAAAGCAGGUUUAUGAUAUGGAGACAAGUUAUCUACAUGAUCCUAGCCAGUGUGGCAAUGUACUGAAAGGCUUUGAAGGGUUUUUAUCAUCAUCUAAGAGCACUAAUCUCUUAAAGCGUUCGAGAAAAUUUGGACCUGAAGAUCGCCUUUUUUCACUAUCUUCUAUCACCUCACCUGCGGCUGAGGAGCAUGCUGCUGCUCGAGAUGCUGGAGGUUUAAUGGCAAACGGGCAAGGAAAACCAAAGAGGGGUAGAGGCCCAAGAGACGGAAGAAGAAGCAAGCAGUCAAGUGAACCAGAUUUUGACUAUGAUGAUGAUCCUGACGUGAUACUGUGAAGAAACUUUCGGCAUGGUAGUGGGAUCAUUACAAAGUUUAUCUCUAAUCUCUAGACCUUAAAGAAAGAGUUCUUUUGCUUUUAUGCUUCCAAAUUUUGAUCUGCCCUUAGGAAGAUUAUACCGAAAUAUUCGUCUAGAUUGCUAGAUUAUACAUGUCUCUCAGAAGCUUAAGUAAAUCAACUAAUUGUACUCCAUAGAGUUGCUAUUGUGAUUUAGUGGGAAGCUUAAGAUUCUUCUUUCUUAAGCUGCAGUAGAAACGUCCUAGUUAUGGGAAAAUUUACAAUUAUGCAACCAUUUUUAUUUUGUUUUGUUGCACAAAGCUAUGUAA